CCGCCCAGCCAUGAGCCGCCGGGCGGGGCGUCCUCGCCUGCUCUUCCUGCUGCUCACGCUGCUGGUGGCCAGCGCCGCCCCGCUCAGCUGGGAUCCCCCGGAGCCCAGUGGCCGAGCAGCCAGCAAGAUCCGUGUGCACCCGCGGGGCAACCUCUGGGCCACCGGUCACUUCAUGGGCAAGAAGAGUCUGGAGCCCCCCAACCCAUCCCCACUGGAAUCAACCCCCCAGAUCUCCCCAAGGGACAGGCAGCUGCAACUGAGUCCUGACCUGCUCAGGAUCCUCUUUCUCAAGAGAGCCUUGGGCCUGGGCCACGGCAACCCAGCGCCAAGCCCCCAGUACAGGAGGCUGCUGGGGCCAACGCUGCAGAAGUGUUGCCACUAGGGAGGAAGAUAUGACGACGCUGUGGCUUAGAUUGUGCCCACCCAGGAAAGGUGCUGAAUGGGACCCUAAGUAGUAGCCCCUCCUGGAUGUAAAUCCUGGGCUCAAAUUUGUUACAUCAUUACUGAGAUUUCUGUGUGGGUCACGGGGAAUACGGCCAACGCAGACACAAAUCAUGUUCCUAUGUAUUUCUUGCUCCUCUGUUGAAGUUGUGAAUAAAACCCCCUUCCUUUACAUAGAAUGCCUGGUCCUCUCCUUUC